AUGGGACAAAGAGGUAGUAAAGUUCAAGUCACUGGUACUGAUAGGGCAAUAUUGCAACUAAAAGUAUCAAAGGAUGAAAUUCAUAAGUACACAAAGAAAACAGAGUUACUGAUUAAUAAUGAGAGGUCGAGGUUGAAGGAGAUGAUCAAAAAUAAUCCGAAAACGUAUAAGAACAAUGCAUCGGUUAGAUUUCUAUUAAAGAGAAUCCAUUACCAAGAAGACUUACUUCAAAAGGCCUCCGACCAAUUGAUUAACUUGGAAAAUAUGGUUUCCAAUAUUGAAUUUAAAUUAGUGGAAAGAAGGUUUGUUGAAGGAUUGAAAUCAGGUAAUGAGAUUUUGAAAAAACUUAAUAAAGAGCUUGCUAAUGCGGAUGAACUUAUGGAUGAUGUCCAAGAACAAAUUGCCUAUCAGAACGAAAUCAAUGACAUAUUAUCAAGAAGUAUUGUCGGGGUGGAAAAUUUUGAAGAUGAAAUAGAUAGAGAAUUGGAUGAUUUAGAACAAGAAAUUAUUGGGAAACCUAUUUCAAUUGAUAAUAUGCCAAGUACAGAAGGUUUACCUAAAUUGGAGCAAGAAAUUCCAGAAGAACAAAAAAUACCAGGAGAAACAAAAAUUACAGAGGGCGCAAAUCGUGGGAAAGUCGCUUUGUUAGCUGACUGA